GUGAACUCCCCCAGCCCUAGGAAACCACAUGCCAGCCACAUUAAUUCAUGCGUACAUAACUUCAUUAAAAUAUGACGCUGGUUUGCAAACGAAUAGGCUACUCGUGCAUUGAUAAUCUCCCAAUCAUAGGUGACAAUAUUAUCUUCCUUAAUGAUAUACCUGCAGACAGGCAUUAGAUUGGGCUCUGCUACAGCAACUAAUUUUAUUUUAAUUAGGCGUUGUUGCACUGUGCUGCAAGCAGGAUAGGCUAAAUAACUUUACUGCAUGCUCUGCUGUGAUUUGCACAGAUUUGCAGAUUUGCAGAUUUGCACAGGCUAAAGAGCUCGUCUCAUGGUGGGAAGAUGUUAAUUAAGUGUGAGACCCCUCCCAUGAUCAGGAGUCUAUUAAAACCCGCUCACUCGAGCAGGUCUGGUGCUGUCUCACGAGCCGUGGUGCUGAAAGUGCACAGCUGUCAUGUGGUCCGUCUUUUUCCUGUUCCUGUCUUACUCAGACGGAGACUUUGCUAAAGGCGACCUUUCCGCUUUAGACGCGGAGAAAGAGAGCCAGGUUUCAUACUUUCUGCUCAGUGCGACUUCGUGUGCGGACACUUCGGCGUGCCAUGCGGGGCUGAGCCCUCAGAGAGCCGGCGACGGGGAACCAAAGCGUGGAAGACAAGAGGCUGCAGACAGGAAACCCGCUGCAGGCGACAUCCUCCCUCUGCGCAGAUCCAAGCGGGGCUUCACUUACCCCGGGACCCUGUGGUGCGGAGCAGGAAACAUCGCCGACAGCUACGAUCAGCUGGGAGAGUUUGCUGAGACUGAUAAAUGCUGCCGUACACAUGACCACUGUCCCCAUAUCAUUCACGCAUUUUCUUCAAAAUAUGGCUUCACCAACUUUAAGUGGCAUUCCAUUUCACACUGUGACUGCGACAAUGCAAUGAAGCAGUGUCUGAGGGCGGUUAAUGACACUUCAUCACGGGUGGUUGGCCAGGCUUUCUUUAACGUGAUUGAAGUUCCAUGUUUUGAAUUCUCACUUGAGGAGCAAUGUGUUGAACGGCACUGGUAUGGAGUGUGUAAGAGAUACGACAAAGUGCCUGUUGCUGUGAUUAGAGAGUCAGUGCCCUAUGAUUUUGGGGGCAUUGAAGUUAUUGAUGUGUUGACUCUAGCACCUCCUAAGAAAAAAUUGUCUGAGAUAGAUGAAGGCAAGCAAGAAGAAAUGCACAGGUCGGAAAGCACGACAGAGUCGAGCACCUCGAGAUCCAAAAACCCUGCACCAGAAGAGCCUUCACUUACAAAUGUUGUCACAGCAGCUGAGGACUUCAUCAAAGUACUUGCUACAGUUUCCACUUCACAAAGCUCAUCUACUGAUGGUGGAAACACAGGUGAAACACAAACCUCAGACAAGAAGAGGAAGAAGAAUGCAGGCAAAAAGAAAAAAAACUCAAAGAAGAGAAGAGGAGAGGGGAAGGGGAAAAAGAGAAAGCAGAACACAGACAGGGUUCCAAAAGCCAAUGUCACUGGGGCUCCGUCUGCCAACAGAGCAGAGGAUGUCAUCAACAAGAACAAUUUUGUGGAAGACUCUGGGAAUUUUGACUGGGUCAGUAAGAAUGACAACUUUAUGAACAGCCAGUUCAGUUCUGUGGGAGACAUUGUGCAUUCCAAUAAGAUGAUGAGGGAUGAGCACCAGAGGACAUCUGAGAGUGUAGUAGACACCACCACUGCACCAGAUGCAAAGCAAGAGGCCGAAAUGUUAGAGCCACAAAAGCAAAUCAAGGAUAUGGAAUUUGUGCAACUCUUCUACACAGUGCCAUUGACUAUCACCAGCAAACCUACAACUGCUACACCAAGACCACGAGUGGCAAAAAAGAAGAAGAGAUAUCCAACUCCAAAUUUCAUUCCUGUAAAAGGCACCCUAAACAAUAUGAUGGCAGAUAACACCGCAGUGAGAACAAAUGAAGGCACCAGCUUAGCAGGUCUGACAACACACACUCCCAUCAGUCUACCAGGGGAGGAGGCACCACACAACGUUGAGUCCCAGCGUGAAAAGGGAUCUGCGUUUAAUGCCACCGCACAGAAUACACCCAUUGUUGGAAUCAAAAGGCUGAGGUCAAAGCAGAAAGGGGGGAGGAGGAAAAGUCGGAAGCUGUAUAGCCCUUCCUCCCCCACAGACACUUUAACAACAGAAGAACCAAAAGUUCUCCAAACUGCCACAACUCAGGAGCUGACUGUUGGCCCACUUCCUGAACCACAGACUGCAUCACAGAGACUGCUGUCUAAUGGACCAAAGAAUAUGGUAGAAAAACCUACAACAGGUGUGUCUGGUGAAAUUCGACUUAAACCAUUAAAGGACACUGGGGUCAGAAAGAGAGCUCGACGACCCAAGUCCAAUUCAUCCAUAAUGGAAGACGCUAUCAAGGCAAGGCAAGAAGCCACAGGGAUCAUGGUUACCAGUACCUCAAUGGGUUCAGCUAUAACUGAUCUGGCUACUCAGGCAAAGGAUGCUGAGGCAAGCACUGGGCAGCUUUUCUCUUCUAGACUACAGACUAUCACUCCAUCCAUGCUGCCUCUCAAAACCAGAACAUCCAAGAGAAGAAGAUCAAAGGAGAGGAUAACAAGAGUAGAAGAAAAAACAAAGGCACAAAAACCUAGGUUUAAAUACCUGAAACAAAAUCAGUAGAAUGGUUUCUUAGUAGUUAGCCUGUGUCUUGAUCAGAGUCAUUAGUACAAUAAGAAAGACAUGAUUUAAAGUAUACUGUUUUGUAAAACUCAGUGAUGGUAGACAGCAUGGUUGCCUAUAUUCAACACUGUCACUAAAUAAAGUAAGUUGAAAAAUCA